AUGCCACAGAUCUCAAGCUUGGCUGCAUUUGCCGCUGUGGCCCUCUUCGCUGCAGGCGCGGCGGCCGGCGACUUCAACUUCUUCCCUGUCAUCCCGCCCUCCGUCGUGACCAACUGCACCACCGGCGACUGCGCCUUUCCGACUGCCUUCUCAUCCGUCAACCAGACCGCUUACCCUGAUCUUGGCAACCAGGCUGGCAGUGGCCUGCUGACCAUCGCCAUCGCUGACUACUACCCCCUGGAGCCCAGGUUCUACUUCACCCCUGGAGCGUGGUGCGACAUGGCAAGCGUCAAUGUGUCGCUCGACACAAUCGCAGCCUCAGCGCCGGUCACGGCCGUCACCCGCCGCCGCCUGGGGGUGCGCACGGUGUUACAGGCAGCCGCUGCUGGGCCGUCGGACGUGAACAUCACGACCGCGUGCCACCUGCUCCAGGUCACGUACAGGAUCGGCGUGUCUGGCGUCUCCAGGAACGCGGCGCCCCUGACGGGCGGCCUCUACGGCAUCCACCUCGGAACAGACCUGCCGGAGGGCCUCACGUGCAUCGAGGUCAAGGCGGCCUACUCGACGUCCGCCUUUGCCACCACGCCUGACUACACCACCCUUGGCGUGCCUGCGCUGGCGGCUAGCACCGUGUUCAGCAAGCAAGUGUGUGUCUUCAAAAUGACCCGGCAGGCCAGCGCCGUCCUCAAGUUCGACAUGUGCACCACCGACACUUUCACUGUGAAUAUCUCGUCCGCCUCGCCGCUGCCCGUCAACAUCACCUUCAACGGCGCUCCUGUCGCGGAGGGCGCCAACCUGCUGCGCCCCCUGGUCAAGGUCUGGGGCUCCAAGGUCACUGAGCUGGACGGCACGGACGCGUCUGUGGCGCUCGACGGCUCCGCCACCCCGGAAGCCAACUACAUCACCCGCUACUUCCCGCUGGCGAGCUCCUACGCCGGUGAGACCCUGUCAUACCCGCUGUCUGAGUUGCUGCAGGAGGGCUUCUACAACAUCAGCGCCUCGGUGUCCCUCCUGACGGCCUACCCCCUGCUGACCGACCUGGUGGGGCUCAACAUGAUCCAGCAGACGGACGAGCCAGGGGUCAGCGCAGGGGUGUCUGGGCUCUACGAAGCGGCCACCCUGAUGGUGCACGACGGAGCCCUCGUCGGGGUCCAGAAGUCGAGCACGCUGACGACGCUCAGCCAGAUCAGCAGCCCAAGCCACUCCAGUGGCCAGGCCAUCGCGGCCGGCGACAAUAUCGUCCUCUCUUGGCAGUUUGCGGGCGCGGGCAGCGCCGUGUGCACGCACGACGGCGCGGUGGUCUCCAACAGCCUGGGCAACAAGUGUGUGUCGCCGCUCACGGUCACGGCCAGGGCGUUUGGCAGCGCCUCGUCCAAGCACACGGUGGAGGUGACCUUCAUGGACGUGUGCGGGCGCGAGAGGGUGGCGGAGUUUGACUACACCGCCAAGGGCCUCACCGUCGUCACGCAGCCAGAGGUCCUCAACACAGACGGAACCGUCAAGAUCAUCCUGAACACGUCCAGGACCACGGGGGCCGCAGCCAGCGUGCGGACCCCUGGCACUCUCGCCGCAGCCCUAGUCAGCUUUGCACUGACUCUGCUUGCGCACCUUUGA